GUUUGCAGACGCUUUUCGUCUCAUGCCUCCCUCCGAUGAGGCUGCAAUUAGCUCUUCUUCUUGUGGUUUCACAUGAUUAAUUCUCAUUCAAUAUUUCAUCAGCCCUAUAUGUCAAACACACCAGAGUGUGCUAGCCGGUCGGCUUACUGUUCUGUGCUGGCUGCCGGAAUCUGGAGGCUCCGCUGCGACGCUCCAUUGAUCAGUGACAUUGACCAUUGAUUCUAUUUCCCAUCACAAUGUCGUCGCACAAAUUCCCCAACAUACCGUCCCUGCGAAAGCAACAGCUCUCAUUGGAAUUUGCGAGCUUGAAGCAUGCCGCCCCUCCUGGAGUCUACGUGAGCAUCAACAAUCCCGCCGAUCCGACCUUGUGGUCCGGCGUGUUCUUCGUUCGAAGUGGCCCCUAUGCGUCGGCAAUCCUUCGUUUCGCAAUCCGGUUCCCCGCCUCCUAUCCUGAGCUUCCUCCACUAGUCACAUUCAACACCGACAUAUUCCACCCGCUCGUGGUCCCAUUGACAACAUACACAUUCACGACGGGUUCUUCGAACGAAGCGCCUGUCAGUGCAACCGACGAAGAGCGACUAUCACCCGGCGCGUUCAGCCUGCGACAUGGGUUCCCUCACUGGUUUGGCAGGGCGCAAAGGACUGCAAGCAACUCCGUGACGCCGUCGCGAAACAUCAGUGGAGGAAGCAUUGAGAGUAAUAACAAUACCAGCGAGAGUGCAGACAAUGAACAAUCCAAUGCAAACGAGGCAGAUAACCGUGAUGCUCCCAGUGAGUCUGUCGCGCCAAGCACACCAAAAAAGCAAACUGGAGAGGGAUCUCUCGUUGCCUCCCCGAAAGAAAAUGUUUCUCGAAUAUCUCCGCUCCCUGCGAACACGCCCUAUACCGAUAAAGAAAGGGCUGUCCCUGUCGUGACACUACUGGAUUAUAUCCGGUCGACGUUCGAUGACGAGACGGUACUCGAUUCGCUUCCCCUUGAGGCUGCUGGAAAUCCCGGGGCAUGGCAUGCCUGGAAAGCACAUCGUCGAAAUGCAAAAGGAACCAAGAAUCAAUCAUAUGGGUCUGGCACUGCAACACCCGAUAGAAGAGGUGUACCCCAAGCACGUCUACCCGGCGAGUGGAAUUGGGAAGGUGUCUGGGCGAAAAGAGUGUAUAGCGGCGUGGAAGCGAGUCAAUCUGAUUCUGUGCUGUUUGGCAACGUUCCUCGUGCUGGGGAUGACACAAUGCGUUUUCUGAACAUCGACGACGCUACCCUAGCUAGCAUCAAGGAAAAGAUCCUCCCAGCCAGCAACGAGUGAGGCUGUCCACAUUCAAUCUGUCCUAGAUACAAGCGUAUACCCUGAACUGUUCUCAAUGUUAAAGACUUGGCUUAUUCAUCCAGCCACGGGCUCGCACCUUCCCCUUCAAAUGUUGUAGUGCCAUAAACGGGCCACUAGAUAGCUCCUUCUCCCAAGUUCCUUUGGGUCAGCAGUUGGCUUCCCUUUAGUCCAUCUGCCUUUAAUUCCCUGCUCGAGAAAUAUUUCGUGACCGUAGUCCUUAGGAGUAUUAUUCCAUGCCUUGCAGCUGGUUCACCACAGCAUCCUCGCUGUCGAUAUAUCCAUGAAACCGGUCAAGUGGAAGAAGACCGCUCUGACCCUGUCUUUAGUCAUCGUCCCAAUCGUCCUCCUCUUCUUCAUUGUCGCUAUUGCCGUCUCUUGCUCUGCCUUUUGGAGUGGCCAGAACCGCAACCAUCGUCGUCACCGGUGGAAGAUCUGGAGACGGGCAAAUACUGACGAGAGCAGUCAAC